CUAUGUUGUGGGAAAACCUUUGAAUAAAGCAAAGAAGGAAGGCGCACACUCAAUUAGAACCCAGUUAAAAAAAAGGAAUGGUGGGAUAGGAAGGUAUGUGGGUCUUUAAGCAUUCUUUAAUCCUCCAUCUAUUCUUUAAUACUUUCUGGAGAAACCACACACAAACGCAGUGUAUCUCUUCAGUCUUCUCUGCCAACAAAAUGCCACCUUUUAGAUUCAGAUCGGAUCCUGUGGCAAGCAAGUAAAUAGCCAUCAAAGCUCCCUCCUUUGCAGGUUCUCGUUUCUCACCUGAAUGAAGUUCAUGAGUACUUCAUGCAUGAGUAGCAGGAUGUGACAUCCUGGGAUUUUGAUUUCUGCAGAUAUCAGUUUCUGACCUUCAAUGAGAACUGAAAAAUCGAAACUUUAAGUUCAGUACUUUGGUAAUGUGGGAUUUUGAACUGGUUAUAUGUCAAUCUUUCAGUGGGGGUGUACAGAGAUUGACGAUAUAGUAGGCACCUAGAAUGAAACAAUAGGCUGCUAGUGAAGAGAAUGGGGUCUCAAGGUGGCGGCGGCAGUGGUGCAGUACAAGCAGCUGAAUUGCGGAUACUGGCCCGCCAAGGGUCUCUGUAUGGACUCACUCUAGAUGAGGUCCAAAACCAGCUCGGCCACUUGGGGAAACCACUUGGCAGCAUGAACCUCGAUGAGCUUCUCCAGAGUGUGCGGAGUGCUGAAGCCGAUCUGGGCCCAACAUCUGGUGCGGCCAGCGUUCAGCCGCUUUCUAAAGAUCUCUGCAAGAAAACAGUCGAGGAGUUGUGGAAAGACAUUCAACAAGUAAAUAAGAAGAAGAAAAACGACAGUGAGAAUCAUCUUCGCAAUGAGAGCGUGGGCGAAGAAGAGAGAGCGCCCACAUUUGGGGAAGUCACAUUAGAAGACUUUUUGUUGAAGGCAGGGGUUAUGGCGGAACUUCCUCCGGUCGGCCAAAAUGGUGGUCUGAUUUUAGGGUUCGAUUCGGCUCUGGCCCCACCGCCCAAUGUCCCUCAAUGUAUCCAGUGGAUGCAGUAUCAUCUCCCCUCCAUCCCCCAAUCGGAGAAUGUCAUGACUGGCCCAACGGCAGGUGACCAUAUGGUUCAGCCACGGAUUCCCAUUGGCACUCAUCCCACCAUGGACGCAGUCUACCCUGAUACACAAAUUUCUAUGUCCCCCUCCGCCUUGAUCGGUGCACUUUCGGAUGUUCAGUCACCGGUGCAGAAUACAGUCACGCCGGGAGAUGUUGUGGAGAAGACUGUAGAGAGGAGAAGAAAAAGGAUGAUUAAGAACAGAGAAUCGGCUGCUCGAUCACGAGCUAGGAGACAGGCGUAUACCCAUGAGCUGGAGCACAAGGUCAUGCGAUUGGAGGAGGAGAAUGCGAGGCUUAGACGGCAAAGGGAUGUCGAGAAAAUGUUUCCAUGCGAGCCGCCUGCUGAGCCCAAGAGUAAGCUUCGCCGAACAAGUUCUGCUCCCAUUUUGACGUCUCACUGCAUUUGAGUGUUGAGUGGAAGGCAGUUUUGUCAUCGCAGUUCACAUCUACUGAUUGCACGCCCGCAGCUUCCUUGUUCCCCGAAGGCUACACAACCCCAUCUUCCCAACUUUCGGAGGAAUCUUGUCUGUCUCGCUUCUUCAAGUUCUUUUUUUUUUUUCUCCCAAUGCUUAUGCGUUGGAUGGUUUCAACUCGAAACAAUUUGGUGCUACUGGUUUUUACCAAGCUGUGAGGUCAAUUGUUCUUCUUCCCCAGCUCCUUACCAUCUUUUGAAGUCCUCUUUUUUGUCCCAUACUUUGUUUUUUUUCCUGUUUCUUUGCAUCUUUUACAUCAAAGGACUUCCUGUAAGGUUCUCCUUGUGCAAAUCGGGACUCUAAACAUCAUGUUUUUCUCUAGAAUUUAUGUCAGGCCAGUCUGCAUGCCAGA